GGUCGCACUUGGCACGGCCUGGCAACCGGCGACGGACGUGUUAAAAUAAAAAAACGGAACGGCGCUGCGGCGAAGCGCUACGCUAUGCUUUCUGCCGGGUGCUAAUGGAGAGCCUUGAACGGCUCUAAAGAACUGCCAGUGUCGGGACGUUGCUUCGGCCGAGCACAGCACAUCUGCGCCGUCUGCAGCCCGCCAUCAGCCUAUCAGGAAGUCGCCAGCUAUGCCAUUACCACAUGGCAUCAAGAUCCGUAAUGUACACGUCAGAGACAUACGCUUCCCAACUUCCUUACGAGCGGAUGGCUCCGAUGCAAUGCACACGGAUCCAGACUACUCCUGCGCCUACGUGGUGAUCUACACCGACAAGGAGGUCGAAGGCCAUGGGCUCACCUUCACGCUGGGCCGAGGAACUGAGAUAGUCGUCCAGGCGGUGAAGACGCUCGCGCGGCUGGUGGAGGGCCAAGAAGCGGCAGACAUCUUCCAAAAUUUCGGCGCGUUUUGGCGCAAACUGACCAGUGAAUCGCAGUUGCGAUGGAUCGGACCAGAGAAAGGCGUGGUGCACCUGGCGACAGCCGCCAUAGUCAACGCGCUAUGGGAUCUGUGGGCGCGGCUCGAGCACAAGCCACUGUGGAAACUGCUUGUGGACUUGGAGCCGGAACAGCUUGUGUCGGCCAUCGACUUCAGAUAUAUCUCAGACGUAGUGACUAAGGAAGAAGCUAUUGAGAUGCUCAAAGCGAAAAAGGCCGGCAAAGAAAAGCGGGAAGAGGAGAUCAGAGUUACUGGCUAUCCAGCAUACACUACACAAGUUGGAUGGUUGGGGUACUCGACAGAAAAGGUCAGACAGCUGUGCCAUGAAUACCUUGCUGCUGGAUUCACAUCAUUCAAGGUCAAAGUCGGUCAGAACUUGGAGGAUGACCGUAAAAGAUGUCGGAUAGUGAGAGAAGUGAUUGGCUAUGACAAAAAAAUGAUGGUUGAUGCAAAUCAAACCUGGGAUGUAGCAGAGGCCAUUGAAUGGAUGAAACAGUUGGCGGAGUUCAAGCCAGUGUGGAUUGAAGAACCAACUUCUCCAGAUGACGUUCUUGGUCACCUUGCCAUUGGAAAGGCCCUCAAGCCACUGGGCAUCGGCAUCGCGACGGGAGAGAUGUGCUGCAACAGGGUGCUCUUCAAGCAGUUCCUCCAGUCCGGUGCCAUGCAGUUCUGCCAGAUCGACUCGUGUCGCAUCGGGGGCGUCAACGAGAUCCUGUCCGUCUACCUGAUGGCACAGAAACUUGGAGUGCCCGUGUGCCCGCAUGCGGGCGGGGUGGGCCUCUGCGAGAUGGUGCAGCACCUGCAGAUCUUCGACUUCGUCGCCCUGUCCGGGACGUCGGAGGGCCGCAUGAUCGAGUUCGUGGACCAGCAGCACGAGCACUUUGAGAACCCGACUGUGAUCAAGCACGCGCACUACAUGGCCCCCACCGCACCCGGCUACAGCACCAAGAUGAAGCCGGAGUCAGCAGAAGCCUACGAGUACCCAGUCGGCAGCAAAUGGCAGGAGAUGUUCAAGGAAGGAUUGUUCAAAGACCCUGCCAAAGAAAGUGCAUUGAACUAGAUGUUAAUGAUGGUAAAAAAAAAAGAUGAACGUAAAUAUAAGGCUAGAGCACAAAAUAUGUUCUUAAAACAAAAACAAAAACAAAAACUUUUGAUUUAUAAUUUCCGCUGUGUAACUGUUGGAAUUAGAACACUGCAAAUGAGUUUCUGAAGAGGGCUCCGCGCAGCCUUGACAUCAUUUCAGGCUUUGGGCGGCCAGCCAGACACUGCUGCUGGUUCGCCGUCUGAGCCUGCUCGAUCCGAUGUUUCUGGUAGCCUGACACCGCAGGCCACCCAUAGUUCGGUACAGGCAGAGUCAGGUGUGGAAACGCCCAAAAAGUGCAUGGUCUUGCAAUGCUAAGUGGGCUAGACACGUACGAUGCCAGGUGGUAUUCACAGCACUAGAAAACUGAACACUUUUUGCUGUUUUCCUCACAAUUGAUAAAACUUAAAAUACAAAUUUUAUGACACCUUUGAUUCAAAAAAAUAAAUUUUGCAAUAGAACUUACAAUUAAAAAAUGCAUUGGUUAGAAAUAUUUUAGCUCUAAAAUAAAAGUUAAUGUGAUUUCACACCUUAUGGACAAGGAUUAAAAUCAAUCAAAAUAUUUUUAGGUAAAAAUUAAGACGUAAGCCAUUCAUGUGGUGAGAAAAUGUUUUGGUGCUAAAAUCAAUACUUCACAAGAAAUCAAAUAUGUACUGUAGUGGUUCGGUUCUUUGAUGAGCCACGGACAAGAUAAAAUAAACAAAGACUUGUCGAAUUGACACCAA